AUGGCUUCGAUCCGCUGGAAGCCACAAAUCACGUAUCGCUCCCCCACCACAGGGACAACUGCUCUCCAUCUAGAGGUGCCACCAGUUGGCUCUCAUGCAUCUUCGUCAAGCCAUUCUCCCUCCCCUCAAUCGCUUCAGCAUUGGACAAUCCACCAGUUCAGUCAUUCUAAGAGACAUAAGAGAUGGAUGAUAGGCCCUUCACUACCACUUUAUCAUCCUCUUGGUCGUCUUGCCCUAUCUCUCCCCGAUUUGGAUCCAACUGCGUUCGGGCUCCCCGCGCCGGCAGUAAUAAUGGAUGAUCCCACGCGUCGAUCUUCAAAUCGCGCGCGUCGGCCCGCACCCAAAGUACGCGACGCAAAUGAGCCAGCUCCCUCCCCUGUCCCCUUCAUCGAUGUCACCCCUGCUCCCGAGCCAGAACUCAAGGAAAAACCUAGUUCCCGCAGGAGGCGCCCUGCUGGAAGCGGAAACAAAAGAAAGCGCAGAGAAGUUGAUGACGGUGAUGCGACAUAUCCUGCCAAGCGCUCCCGCAACCCAAGGAACUCCGCUGCCAAUGCUACGGCACGCACUCCUACCACCGGAGAACCUUCUCCUCCCUACUCUGUUGAUAAUUCUGCUCUUUCCCCUGCACCUGAUGACCCUCCGGAAGAGAAACGGCCCGAACGCCGGUCCACCAAGUCACGUGGUAUCCCUCCUCGUAGGGAUUCUUCGGGAAGCGAGGCAACUGUCACUUCAGUGUCAGCCUCAAUUAUCGCGGGCAGCGCUGCACUUCUCAAAGAUAACAGUGAAGAUGCUCUGGAUAUCGACUACUUCGCCAUCCAGCGGGCCUAA